AUGAUGGUCGGGAGAAACUUGAGCGGCGGAGCUGCUGCAGCAUGCCUUCUGGUUCCGCUGCUCAUCCUCGUCGUGCUCAAGACCGAUUGCGUGCCGCAGAUUACUCGCCUUAGAGAGACCAGCAUUGCCCAAGUUUCAGACUUUUUUGUUUCCAUACGACCAUAUGGCCAGGUUCCACUAUCACAAGAUAACAGAACAGCAAGUAACCAAGUUCACCAUCCAGGUGAAGUUUGGGAUGAAACGGUUCACAAGGUUUUACCUUCAGGCUUAGCGAGCCAAAGAACAUGGCAGCAGCAGCAACCACUCGACGCGGUCAAGUUAAAAGUUGCGGAUGAUUCGGUCGCCGAAGCACCACCAUCUCCCGCAUCAAAAGACGAGAUCGCCGGCGAUGGCGGCGUCAAUGAGAUCAAAGAUCUCAAACAUGAAAAGGAAUUUCUUGCCAUGGACGGGGGAAUAAAUGGUUCUUUGGGGAAAAAAAAAGCAGAUGUGGCAGCACCAAGAAGCAAGUUAAGCUGCAACUUCAGCGGCGAGCGCAUGGACAUCUGCGCCAUGGAAGGCGACGUCCGUAUGCACGGCAAAUCCGCCACCGUCUACUUAGUCGCAGCCUCCGACGACAGUUACCAGCCGGAGAACGGGACGGUAACGAUCCGCCCGUACCCGCGCAAGUGGGAGAUACCGACAAUGGAGAUGAUCAGGGAGCUGACCAUCCACUCGGGCGACACGGGCACCGUGCCAGUCCCGCCACGGUGCACGGUGACGCACGACGUCCCCGCGGUGGUCUUCUCCACCGGUGGCUACAGCAGGAACUUCUACCACUCCAUGACCGACAUCGUCAUACCCCUCUACAACACGGCGCGGGAGUAUGACGGCCGCGUCCAGCUCGUCGCCACCGACUACAGCCGCGAGUGGGUCUCCAAGUACCGCCACGUCCUCGCCGCGCUCUCCGUCUACCCGGUCAUCGACUUCGAUGCCGACGACGCAGUGCGCUGCUUCCCGUCGGCGCAUAUCGGCAUCGAGAGCCACGAGGAGCUAGGGAUCAACCCGGCCCUGUCUCGCAAUGGGUACACGAUGCUGGACUUCCGGGACUUCCUCCAGUCAGCCUAUUCGUUGAAGCGCUCGCGAAUGACCCCCGCAAACCGGAGCUCCGAGCAGAAGCCCCGCCUCGUGAUUAUGCUGCGGCGGCACUCGAGGGCGAUCACCAACGAGGCGGAGGCCGUCGCGGCCGCAAGCGAGGCUGGGUUCGAGGUAGUGGCCGCCGGGCCGGAGGCAGUCCGGGACAUGGGCCAGUUCGCCGAAGUGGUGAACUCGUGCGACGUGAUGGUGGGCGUGCAUGGCGCUGGGCUCGCCAACAUGUUGUUCCUCCCGCACAACGGCACGGUGGUGCAGAUCAUCCCGUGGGGCGAGAUGAAGUGGCCGUGCUGGCACGAGUUCGGCCGUCCGGUGCCGGACAUGGGACUCCAGUACGCCGAGUACGAGGCUACGGCCGAGGAGACGACGCUCAAGGAGGUGUACCCAAGGGACCACGCCGUCUUCACCGACCCUUUGUCCAUACACAAACAGGGAUUCGGCAUGGUCUGGUCCAUCUUCCUCAACGGGCAGAACGUCACCCUUGACAUCGACCGCUUUAGAGGGCUCAUGCAGCAAAUCUACCAGUCUGUCACCAUCACAUAG